CGACUUGCGCAGACCCGUAAAAUCGAAGACGCCUACACUGAUACAACUUCCGCUUCUCCUGAAAAUACAUAGAUUUGUCUUUAAAAUGAUGUCAAAUACAAUUGUGUGAACGUGCGCGUGACGUCCCCCGACUGUCACGCGCUGAGCUGUGCGCGAGGAAGACAACUUUGUGUCUCAUGCUUUUAAGUCUUGAUUUGGAGUGAGUGAGAAGGCUGAACGUUGUUUGGCAAGUUUUGAAACUCAGAAGGAUUUGAUCACAAAGUUCUGAGAUGGAGAAGAUGACCAAGGUGAGCACCAUCAAUGGCCGUACCAUGUUUUGCCACCUGGAUGCUCCAGCCAACGCCAUCAGCGUGUGCAGAGAUGCCACUCAGGUGGUGGUCGCAGGCCGCAAUAUUUUCAAAAUAUACGGUCUGGAGGAAGAUGGUUUUGUGGAGCGAUUGAAUCUGCGUGUAGGCAGGAAACCCUCGCUCAACUUCAGCUGCGCGGACGUCAUGUGGCAUCAGAUGGAGGAGAAUCUGCUGGCUACUGCUGCUACCAAUGGAGCCGUAGUCACCUGGAACCUGGCGCGACCGUGCCGUAACAAACAAGAGCAACUGUUUACAGAACACAAGCGCACUGUGAAUAAAGUCUGUUUUCACCCAACGGAGGUUCACAUGCUGCUGUCUGGCUCUCAGGAUGGAUUCAUGAAGUGUUUUGACCUGAGGAAGAAGGAAAGCGUCAGCACGUUUUCAGGUCAGUCUGAGAGCGUCCGAGACGUGCAGUUCAGUAUGAAGGAUUAUUUCACCUUCGCCGCCUCCUUUGAGAACGGAAACGUUCAGCUGUGGGACAUCCGGAGACCCGACCGGUACGAGAGAAUGUUCACGGCACACACGGGACCCGUGUUCUGCUGUGACUGGCACCCAGAGGACAGAGGCUGGCUCGCGACUGGUGGCCGUGACAAAAUGGUGAAAGUCUGGGAUAUGUCGACCAAUCGUGUAAAGGAAAUCUACUGCGUUCAGACCAUCGCUUCAGUGGCCAGGGUAAAGUGGCGUCCCGAACGGCGUUAUCACCUGGCCACCUGCUCCAUGAUGGUGGAUCACAACAUCUACGUGUGGGACGUCCGCCGGCCAUUUAUUCCCUUCGCUACAUUUGAGGAGCACAAAGACGUGACCACAGGAAUCGUGUGGAGGCACCAGCAUGACCCCUAUUAUCUGCUGUCAGGUUCAAAGGACAGCACUCUUUACCAGCACAUGUUCAAAGACGCCAGCAGGCCUGUGGACCGGGCCAACCCGGAGGGACUCUGUUUUGGCCUGUUCGGUGACCUGGCGUUCGCUGCUAAAGAAAGUCUGAUGACGGCUCCUUCCUCUGUAGGUGAAGUGGGGCGUAAAACAUACCCAGGGGGAGAUCGCCGGUACCCCAUCUUCUUCUUCAAGAAGCCGGAUGUGACAGAGCAGUUUGCCCAGGUCUCCAGCGCUCUCAGUGUGUUUGAGAGUGAGGCGGGCAGUGCCGUCGGGAUGGACUGGUUUAUUAAGACUGCACAGAGUUACCUGCUGAGCGGAAAACCCUUCGGUGAGCUCUGUGAGCACAAUGCUCAAGUCGCCAAGAGACUCAACAGACCUCAGGAAUCAACCACGUGGACCAUGCUGCGAAUCAUGUUCUCCGAGCCCGCCAAUCCAUCCAUGUCAACUAAUCACAACCUGAAUAAAUCAGGGAACCUCCCACUCGUCAACAGCUUCGGUAUGAAAGAGAUGAGCGCUGCUUUGAAUGAAAGAAACAAGGAAAACAGACAAGACAACAUUCAUAACCUCGAUUCCAACCACAACAAUAAUGACGAGAACGAAGAGACAGAGGGCAGCGAGGGUCAGGCCGAGUAUCUGUUCGGAGAUGCUGAACUGGAUGAUGAUGACCUUUACAGCAUGGAACACGAAAACCCGGCAGCAGAGGAACCGGAGUACCUUCUCCCUCAGGAGGCGUUCCCGAUACGCCAUGAGAUCAUGGACCACCCUUCGGCCCCCGAACCUCUGCAGGAGAAGCCUGAGUCCCCUCACGUGAGCGGGAGCGAGGCCGAGAGCAUGUGUCUGACUCCUAUGGAGUCCUUCAGUCUCAUUUCUGUCUCCCAGCUGCUCUUCUCACCCCAUCUGCCCCCCAAGUUCUUCUGUCCCAUCGUGAAGGAGAUGCUGUGUUACUACGCCGAGCAGGGUGACGUGCAGACGGCCGUGUCGGUGUUGAUCGUGUUGGGAGAACGCAUCCGUAAGGAGAUCGACGAGCUCACGCAGGAACACUGGUACAUGUCGUACAUUGAUCUGCUGCAGCGCUUUGAGCUGUGGAACGUCAGUAAUGAAGUGAUCAAACUGAGCACGUGCGGUGCGAUCACGUGCUUGAAUCAAGCGUCCACCACCUUACACAUCAACUGCAGCAACUGCAAACGACCAAUGAGCAACAAGGGCUGGAUCUGCGACAGGUGUCACCAGUGUGCGAGUGUUUGUGCGGUGUGUCAUCAUGUAGUGAAGGGUUUGUUCGUGUGGUGUCAGGGAUGCAGUCACGGAGGACACCUGGAACACGUGAUGGAUUGGCUGAAGCAGUCGGAUCACUGUCCAGCAGGCUGUGGACACCUGUGUGAAUACACCUGAUCCACAGAUACUCACGCAUGAACUUCUGAAUCAAGCUGCUACAAACACCGUAUCACUAAAGAUCUGCUAAAACUCACAACAAACACGAGAGGACAAAAAUACUGAAUGUGUGCCAAAACACAAUCAUACGUUUUGUUUUUAUAAACAAAAUGUGCAGUGCUAAAGGACCUCAAGAUGUGGAUCAAAGACCACUGCCAUAUAAUUAUUGUGUAAAUGGAAGAACAUGUGGUUGUGUUGAAAUCAGAUUUUUCUAUAUAUAAAUCCUGGUUUUUGACAAUAAAGCCGGACUGUGCUGGUCACCUGUGUGCUGCUGUGUGAAUCUUGGUGAAUUGGUUGGAAGCUUACUCAGCUAAAACACUUGUGUAGACUUUACACAUCCACUGAAAAUCAUAUUUCAGUCCAGAUUUAAAUGUAAAUUAUUUUACCUGUUUUAAGCCUUAUAAAUAGAUUUUUUUUUCAAAAUUCCACUUUCAUUCUGAUAAUGAAGUACUUCUAUUUAUUCACUGUAUUUUAAAGUGUGUGUGAUAACUGUAUCUAAGCGAUUAUCUGCAGCUAGGGUGGUUGCAUCUACGAAGUGAAUUAAACUCCUUUAAUGCACGGCUUGCCAUGGGUUAUCCUGUUUAUACCAUAGUAAUUUGCCAGGUUAAGCCUGUUAUUGAUGUUUACAGUGUAAUUUAACAGGUCAAAAUGACUUUUUUUUGU